UCACACCUCAACUUCUACAAAAGCCUCAAUAAUGAAGUCUCAAGUCACACUACUGCUCAUCUGCAUGCUUUUCUCCAAAGCACUGUCACUGACUUGUCAUCAGUGUGUGCCAUCAGCAUCUGGAAAAUGCACCGAGGAACAGACAACCUGCUCUGAUCAGUGUCUCACUUCAACCACUGCUGUUUACAUGAGUGGUACAAAGCUUACAGAUGUAAAUGUUAAGACUUGUGGAAUGCCAGAAUUGUGUGCAACUGGGAGCAUGAACAUAGGAACAGUAAAAGUGAUCAGCAAUACCAAAUGCUGUAGCACUGAUCUCUGCAACAGUGAAACACUACCAGCUCUUCCAAAGCAGGUUCCCAAUGGGAGAAUGUGUUACACUUGUGAUGCAAAUGAUUGUUCUGGAACAGUGAACUGUGAAGGAGAUGAAGAUCGCUGUAUCAGUGCAUCAGUUCAACAAGGUAGCAAUACCCUAUCUAUGAAAGGAUGUGUGUCCAAGAGCUUCUGUGUUGGAAGUGGAUCAUCAAGCAUUCCAGGAAUUGGCAUAUCACAUGUGCAGUGUUGUGAGGGAAAUCUUUGUAACAGUGCUAAGAGCAUCACACUGAGUUUUCUCCUCAUGAUCGUCCCUCUGCUCUCCUCCAUCCUCUUCUACUGAACUCAGAGCUGAUGUAGUUCUUUUAAAACUUUAUGAACAUGAAAUGCAAAUGCAUUUGUGAAAACUAGAAAUAGAAGUAGAAAUAUAUGUUUAUUUUUGGUUGUUAAGAUUUGUUUUGGGCGGCACGGUGGU